UGAUGUUCUUCGAGCUUUGCGAAACCAGUAGGUCCAGGCUUUCUAUUUUACCUGCACAUGACAUUGACAUAGCACGAGUGGAGGAGCGAACUCUUUCUGCUCAUCUUACAUGCAACCUGCCGUUACAAGUCCACCACUCUCGAAUGUAUCACAGAUAUCGCAAUUGCCCGGACUGACCUCGACUGCGACCUCAACGGUCUGUGAAAACCAGGCUUCGAACACUUCCCUAUCAUGCGGCCUCGAAUCGUAUGGAUUUGAUUCGUAUCUCAUCAUUCAAAUCUUCAACAAGACACCAGUCCACUGCCACCUGUCAUGCUUAGCAGAUUGGAAUUGCAUGUCGUUUCAGGUUCAACUCAAUGGAUCUCGUUACUGCAAUCUCUUCUCGACAAGUGUUUCUGGAAAUGUUGAGUUAUCUCUAGGAUCUGGCUACUUUUCGUACGAUAAAAGUUGCCCGAAUUAUCUUCUAGGUCCUUGUGCCUCGCCAACUUCAACUGCACAACUGUCCAGCACUGUCAUUACAGCACCUUCAUAUCUUGCUACCAUCCCACCAAGCAGGAUUAGCUCCGCAUGCGCCUGCCUUCUCACUUCACCUACUGCCUCAACUUCAAGUGACAAGCUUUCAACAACGCUAAAGUAGUGAAUGUCAUCUGUGAAGAGCACUUUACCGGGAAUGGUCCUAAUCGUCAAAGUCCUAGCCUUUUUUGUAUCACUAUUGCAAGCGUCAAAGCCUAGGGCCACAGAUUGGAUUCUGUAAUCAGAAAUGAGGAAGGGGUAGAAGGCCUUCGACGAGAUCAAAAAAUGAUCUCAAUCAGCGCCAUGAUUCUCAUUACUGCUUGAUUAAAAAUCCC